GCAAGAGCCUUAGAUGGAUAAAAAUCAAGUGGAGGUAAAGAAAAGUUCGCACGUUGAUUACGCUUGUGGGUGGAACGUCUACAGCAUGAAAUUCAUGGGAAUUUGGCCAGAAGAAAAGAUGUUUAAUCCAUCGGAAAAUAUAAAGGUUUUUUCCGCGAUUUUUUUCAUGUUUUUCUUCGUAAGUUUACCGCAAACCAUUAAUUUAUUCUUCAUCUGGGGUGACUUCGAUUUGGUCGUCGAAAAUCUAUCAAUGGACAACAUGACUAUUUCUAUUGCAAUUUUGAAGACUAUGGCCUUUUGGUGCAGCGGAAAAUCUCUGAAAGGUUUGUUAAAUAUCAUGGAAGAAGAUCGCAAAGAAGCUACGAAAGAAGAAGAUGUCAAAAGAAUGAUGACAGUUGCUACAAUUUCAAGAAAAAUCACCAUAACUGCUAACAUAAUGUGCAACAGUCUCGUAGUCAUUUAUGCCAUAAUGCAUUUGACAACAAAUUAUACGAGCGCUCGUGGUCUCUUCUUUCCAGCUUAUUUUCCAUGGGAAACUAAACCUACGCCAAAUUACGAGUUUACAUUUUUCGGACAAUUGAUGGGAUCCUUUUAUGCUUGUGCUACUUAUUCCGUAGUGGAUACUUUCGUUGCUACUUUGGUAUUACACGUUUGCGGACAAUUGGCUAACCUGAGACACGAAUUGAUAAAUCUGCAAAGUAAAACGAAGGAUGAAUUUCAAUCGAAAUUGGCACGCAUCGUGAAAAAACACGAUUACCUUAACAAGCGAGUUUUCACAAAUUAUUUUUAA